AUGAGUCAAGCUUCAAACUCACUCAAGUCUAUCGGCUCAAAGUUGAUGGCUGCACAACGAUGCGCCGUGUAUGAUGCCAAGGUGGUAGGCGAGAUUGCCAAGCAAGUGUAUACCAAGGAGCGUAUGAGUUUUCCCAGUGGCCAGCAGUUUUCAGAAGCACAGCAAUACGUAAAGAAGGACCUAUUCAACGCGUCGACAUGGAAGAAUCUUACCAAGCAAGACGUUGCUAAGGGUGCUGUCGUUGCUGCCGAGUUGUAUACGUUCUUUUUGAUUGGCGAAGUAGUGGGCCGUAGAAACUUGAUCGGAUACAAGGUCGAGGAACCUGGAGCACAUCAUGCGGAAAAGAUGGAGUUGUAG